AUGGGGUUAUCCCGAAAUGAAACGGAAAUUUGGACAGAGGAACAUAUGGACACGAACCACACGACCGACACUUUCGGUCCGGAGGUAGUGAUUGUGCCCGUCAUAUUUGGAUGUAUUUUUUUAUUGGGAAUCAUUGGAAACACUCUAGUGAUGAUUGUCAUUGGGAAAAUAAAGUCGAGGCGCUCGAGAAGUACAACCAACAUUUUCAUCCUAAAUCUCAGUAUAGCAGAUUUAUCUUUCCUCCUGUUUUGCGUCCCGUUUCAGGCCACCAUAUACUCACUCCCCGAGUGGAUCUUCGGGGCUUUUCUUUGUAAAUUUGUGCACUAUUUUGUCAUGGUCAGCAUGCUGGUGAGCAUUUUCACGCUUGUGGCCAUGUCGGUGGACAGGUACAUUGCCGUGGUGCUCUCCAAAAAGUCCCCGUGUAUUCGUAACCGGAGGAAUGCGCUCAUUGGCGUCUGUGUCAUUUGGAUGCUUUCCUUCAUCUUUGCAGUCCCGGUUGCGCAGCACCAAAUUUUGAUGAAUCACCCCAAGGCUCCCAAUAGCACGUUCUGCUGGGAGUUUUGGACCGAAAGGGUGGCCAAGCACACUUAUAAAGUGACCAUUCUUGUGACAGGGUAUCUGUUACCGCUGGUUUUGAUCACAUGCUGUUAUGCCAAGGUAUUGUAUCAUCUUCAUAAAAAAAUGAAAAAUAUGUCCAAGAAGUCUGAACGUUCAAAGCGAAAGUGGGAAUACGGCAUAUACCUGUGUAUCACGUAG